GUGUUGAUCAUAACUAGAUUGUAGAGACGGUGCGGUAGCAGAGGAAAGACAAGUGAUAACAGUGACUUUGUUCAGUGAUACGUAUGCUCAUGAUGGACGAAAGCUGUCGUCAUCUGACGGCAGAUGACAUCAAGCAAGGCGAACUUUUCGACCAACGGUACCCGAUUCCGGAUAGUCCGCUGGAUCUGAGAGGAUCCAACGUCGAUGCGCAAGAGAUAAAAAGCGAGAAGGAAAAAUCCGGGAAGAAAAACAAUCACCAGCUAAUAAAACCACCGUAUUCUUACAUAGCUCUGAUAACAAUGGCUAUUUUGCAAUCACCGCACAAAAAACUUACUCUGAGCGGGAUUUGUGAGUUCAUAAUGUCCCGGUUUCAUUACUACAGGGAAAAAUUUCCCGCCUGGCAGAAUUCCAUCAGACACAACCUGUCGCUCAACGAUUGCUUCAUCAAAAUCCCAAGGGAGCCUGGCAAUCCAGGAAAAGGUAACUACUGGACUUUGGACCCGCUAGCGGAGGAUAUGUUUGAUAAUGGCAGUUUCUUGCGUAGAAGAAAGCGCUAUAAGAGACCAUCCCCCAACCUGAUGCUGAGGGACCACCAUGCCUCAGCAAUGGUCGCCUCUUUUCUAUCCAGUCAGGAAAACUACCACCACAGUAUUUUCAGUCACGCCAGCAUGCACAAUCCUUACCCGUAUAUUCCGGGAAUUCCAUCAAAUCUACCCAACAAUCUACCGUUGCUGAGCCCCAUGGAUCUGUCCAGGCUGAAUCUCAGCCAUCUGGGACUGCUGCCGCAGCCUACUUUAUGCAAGCCCGUUCCUGUUCAGGCUCCUAAUAUUUCGUCAGUUUCUGAUUCGGAGGAGUUCAUAGCCACGAAGAUGAAGAAGAACAAGAAUGGGUUCUCCAUCGACUCCAUUAUGGGUAAUGAAGGUAAGAACUUGAGAAAAUCUGAGUUGAAAAUAGCUGAGAGUCCAGAUCUCGGCAUGACGAGAAUUCACAAUCAAGGAUCAGCAUUUUCACCGCUUUCCUCUAGCGAUGAUUGGACUAGGUGAAACUUUUAGAUCAUUGAUUUUUUUAGAAAUGAAAACGUGUAAAGUUAUUUUGUAUAGCAGGUGCUUUUGAAAAGUUUUGGCAUUUGGCUACAUUCUAGUCAGAAUUGUAGAAGUAGAUUGGUAUCCUUUUUGAAUCUGAGAGAACUAUUAUUAACAGUAAAGUUGUUAACUUUCAUAGAAUCUGGAAUGGGAACACUGAGAAUAUUGACGUUUCUAUGCUGAAUGGAAAUUAUUGUUAUGACGAAUAACUAUAGGAAAAAAAUUGAACUAUUUGGAUGUUGAGGAUAUAAUACAUUGAAAA